UCUCCGGACCAAAGAUGGCGGAAUACGACCUCACCACCAAAAUUGCCCACUUUUUAGACCGUCAUCUCGUUUUUCCUCUGCUGGAGUUCCUGUCUGUCAAAGAGAUCUACAAUGAGCACGAACUGCUUCAUGGAAAACUGGACCUUCUCAGUGACACAAACAUGGUGGACUUUGCUAUGGAUGUGUACAGAAGCCUUUUUUCUGAAAAGGAAAUUCCCCAGUCUCUGAGGGAGAAGAGGACGGAGGUUGUGGCCCAGCUUAAGCAGCUGCAGUCAGAGACAGAACCUAUUGUGAAAAUGUUUGAGGACCCCGAGACAACGAGGCAGAUGCAGUCCACCAGAGAUGGACGAAUGCUCUUUGACUAUCUGGCAGAAAAGCAUAACUUUCGUCAGGAGUAUUUGGACACACUGUACAGAUAUGCCAAGUUCCAGUACGAGUGUGGAAACUACUCCGGUGCUGCAGAGUACCUCUACUUCUUCCGUGUUCUGGUCCCAUCAACAGACAGGAAUGCCCUGAACUCUCUGUGGGGCAAGCUGGCCUCUGAGAUCCUGAUGCAGAACUGGGAGGCAGCCAUGGAGGACCUCACCCGCCUGAGGGAGACUAUCGAUAACAACUCUGUCAGCUCCCCUCUCCAGUCUCUCCAGCAGAGGACAUGGCUCAUUCACUGGUCUCUCUUUGUGUUCUUCAACCACCCCAAGGGCAGGGACAAUAUCAUCGAGCUCUUUCUGUAUCAGCCACAAUACCUCAAUGCUAUCCAGACUAUGUGCCCCCACAUCUUGCGUUACCUAACCACAGCGGUCAUCACAAACAAGGAUGUCCGUAAGCGUCGGCAGGUUCUGAAGGAUUUGGUGAAGGUCAUACAGCAGGAAUCUUACACCUACAAGGAUCCGAUCACAGAGUUUGUGGAGUGCCUGUACGUGAACUUUGACUUCGACAGUGCUCAGAAGAAACUCAGGGAGUGUGAGUCGGUCCUUGUGAAUGACUUCUUCCUGGUUGCUUGCCUGGAGGACUUUAUUGAGAAUGCCCGCCUCUUCAUCUUUGAGACCUUCUGCAGAAUUCACCAGUGCAUUAGCAUCAGCAUGCUGGCUGACAAACUGAACAUGACGCCUGAGGAUGCUGAGAGAUGGAUCGUGAACCUUAUCCGCAACGCCAGGCUGGAUGCCAAGAUAGACUCCAAACUGGGCCAUGUGGUCAUGGGGAACAACGCUGUAUCUCCUUACCAGCAGGUGAUUGAGAAGACCAAGAGCCUCUCAUUCCGCAGUCAAAUGCUGGCAAUGAACAUUGAGAAAAAGCAGGCCCACAGCAACAGGAAUGAGACUCCGAGCUGGGCAGGUCAGGAGACUGGAUUUUAGCAACACAGUGGAGGUGGAUCCAUCCCACUCAUUGUCUAACAUCUUUUUUUCCACACUUGUACGUCAAGGAGCACAGUGCUUCUUUGCACUUGGUUCAAGUCAUCACCAAUUCAAUAAAAGUGACCAACAAAACCA